AUGGAUAUAGAUGAUGCCGCCCGUUAUCACUCGAUUCCCUGGGUUUCAAAAUUGUUGCAAGAUCCGGCUUUCGUGACAGUCCCUUCGACCAACAGAGACACAAAGUCUUCGACCGAGGAUAACGACCGACCCCCACCUCCGGGCCUGGUGAAACUGGGGGGCAUAGACGAGGUCCGCAUGAUUUUCAUUCUGGGUAGCAAUCUCAACGGCUACCCUGGCGUUCUCCACGGAGGCAUCGUGACUACCAUUUUGGAUGAAUGCACAGGCCUUCUUCUUGUCCUUCGCAGCAAGUACAAGGCUGGUGAUGACGACGCCCUCGAGCCAGGCUCUAAGACGGUAACAGCCUACCUGAAUACCAAUUUUUUGCGUCCAGUUCCGACACCUGGUGCAAUUGUUGUGUACGCAAAGCUUGAAGAGACCAAAGAGAACCGGAAGUGGAAAAUCAAGGGUCGGAUAUGUGAUGAGGAUGAUCAGAUUCUCGCAACGGCCGAAUGUCUCUACGUGAAGUCUCGAUCCAAAAUUUAG